AUGGCAGUAAUUCCACAACCUCUUGAUGUACUUGAUAUAGCAGUCAAUAAAGGUUUUCAAUCCAAUGUUCGCAAACUUUAUAAUGAUUGGAUGACAAAUGAAGUUCAUAAAUUAACUCCAGCUGGGCGGAUUAAAAACCCAUCAUAUUCUUUGCAGAUAAAUACAAAGAAAAUGAAUCAGAUGAAAAAUAGUAAUAAUGAAGGCAAUGAAGGCAAUGAUGACAAUGAAAUUGAAUACAAUAAUUGA